UGUUAUAUAUAUAUACUUAUAUAAUUCUUUAGUUAUCACAGUUAAUAAAAGUCUCUGCUCUAAGCUGUAAACUCAGCAGCACAUUUCAGUGCAAAGAAAAGGUCCCUAAACAAAAAAUGUCUUUUUUCUCAACCAAGUUUUGUUUACUAAAAACAAUCCAUUUGUAAUGAUGCAAAAUGAUUUAAUUACUUUAAGUAUAAAUGUUCAAUAUAGUGUUCAUAGCACAGCACAACAUGUAAACUAACAUGGUUUAAUAAGCACUAUGUCUUAUUUGGCUCAAUAGGUCCAGGUUUUCAUGUACCAGCUUUAUACACUCGGGCACUCAAAGGAUCACGCACCUAAAGCACAUAAGAGCCAGUAUGACUUGCGAUGAAGGUGUGUAGGAUCAGAGAGACACAGAUUCAAGUCUGCCAUCAGUCACAAGCACCCUGGGCUACCACUCUCAGCCCAGUCUAUCACAAGCGUCUUGUGGAGAAAACAAAAGGAAGUUAACAGAGUUGAAAGGGACCUUGGAGGCCUUCUAGUCCAACCCCCUGUUCAAGCAGACCAUGUGUACCAAUCCAACAAUAUUUUACAAGUCACAGCGACUGUAUUCCUGUAACGUGACAAACCAAAACAAAGCCCACCAUGGCUUAUGAUAUUAUACAUAAUUAUCAGCCAACUUUGGCAGAUAUAGAAAGCUAAACAGGCAAGCCAGUUUCUUCUUGGUUUAAUCAGUUUUUUCCUGGUUUAUACCUGGAUCUUGGAGUCAGGAUUUCAAGACUGGAGGCUAGACGGUGAAGUCAGCAAAAGAGGAAGAAGGGGAAAGCUGCAAAUUGCACUUUGAGCUUGCCAUGAGCGUCAAACUCAACUCCAGGACAACGUUCCCUUUCCCUCCCUUCCCCACUUGGGAUCCUUCAGGUGGGGGCGAUUUAUUUGCAGACGCUAAAUUAGGAAUUAGGGCUCACUGACGCAAUAUCUUUAAAUAUAAAGAGUCGCUCGCACCGUUCCCAACUUCCUUCCCCAGGGCAUUUCCUUUCCUUGCAUUUCCAGACUUCCCCAAAGGGGGCGCUGCCGGCACCCUUUAUUCCAACAACCCCACAAGCGCCAUCGGCCAUUUUACCCGUCGUGCUUUUCUCCCACCAAUGCUAAUCGCGGCUGCCGACACCGCCUCCCACUCUUUCCUUCCCCUCCCCUCCCUUUUUUUUUCCGCCUGCCUUCGCGCCUGCUCCCUUAGAGAGAGCGCGCGCGCGCCUCUCCCUUCGCCUCUCGGCCCGCCUGACCGUCGCCUGGUGAGCCGAGCCGAGCCGAGCGGAGCCGAGUCAUCCUGCCUGCCAUUCGACCCCCCCCCCUCUCUCCCUCACCUCACCACCCUCCUCCGCGGCUGCGCGCGAACUGGCGGGCGGGCAGCACCAUAGAGCGGGAGUUGUGGGCAGCCGUCGGAGCGGCUAGAGCGCCGACGCAGCGCGAGGCGAGCGGGCGGAGCCGCGGGCGGGGCGAGCCAGUCAGAGUCCGCCAGGAAGCCGAGAGUGAUCCGCGCGGUGUGUCUGCUGCUGCUCCUCCUUCUCCUCCUUCUUCUUCCCCGGACAAAGCCGCCACCGUUGCCGCCAUCCCCGCCCCCUCACCUCGCCGCGCAGCUCGCCUCGGAACCCCGCCGCUGAACGGAGAGCCAUGUCGGCCAGCAGCCUCUUGGAGCAGAGACCGAAGGGACAAGGCACGAAAGUGCAAAAUGGAUCAGUGCAUCAGAAAGACAGCUUAAAUGAUGAUGAUAUUGAACCUUACUUGAGUCCUCAGGCCAGACCGAACAACGCAUAUACUGCAAUGUCAGAUUCCUACAUGCCGAAUUACUACAGCCCAUCCAUUGGAUUUUCCUACUCCUUGGGUGAAGCUGCUUGGUCUACUGGGGGUGAUCCACCUAUGCCCUAUUUGACUUCUUAUGGACAGCUAAGCAAUGGAGAGCCUCAUUUUCUCCCAGAUGCCAUGUUUGGACAGCCAGGGGCCCUUGGCAGCACACCAUUUCUGGGACAGCAUGGCUUUAACUUUUUCCCAAGUGGAAUUGACUUCUCUGCUUGGGGUAAUAACAGUUCUCAGGGGCAAUCAACUCAAAGUUCAGGAUACAGUAGCAACUAUGCUUAUGCACCAAGUUCAUUAGGUGGAGCUAUGAUCGAUGGACAGUCAGCGUUUGCUAAUGACACCUUGAAUAAGGCACCUGGCAUGAACACCAUAGACCAAGGAAUGGCAGCCUUGAAACUAGGCAGCACUGAAGUAGCAAGCAAUGUCCCAAAAGUUGUUGGCUCUGCCGUUGGCAGUGGGUCUAUUGCCAGUAAUAUUGGAACUUCUAAUAGCUUGCCCCCAGCUACUAUUGCUCCUCCCAAACCAACAUCCUGGGCUGAUAUUGCAAGCAAACCUGCCAAACAGCAGCCCAAGCUGAAGACCAAGAAUGGGAUUGCAGGCUCAAGUCUUCCACCGCCCCCCAUUAAACACAACAUGGACAUUGGAACUUGGGAUAAUAAAGGGCCAGUGGCAAAAAACCCUUCCCAGGCUUUAGUUCAGAAUAUUGGUCAGCCGCCAACCCAAAUAUCUCCCCAACCAAUGGGUCAACAGAUGAAUAAUAGUCCACCAGCAAUGCAGCCUUCAGCAGGACAACAGCCACAACCUCUGCCACCUGCACCACCUCAACCAACUCAGUUGCCAGUUCAGCAACAGGCAGCUCAGCCUGCCCGUUGGGUUGCACCUCGUAACCGUGGAAAUGGAUUUGGCCAAAAUGGAGUUGAUGGCAAUGCAGUAGGACAGUCUCAAACCACCUCUGGAUCUGCACCUUUGGAGCCCCACCCUGUCUUGGAGAAGUUGAGAUCUAUCAACAACUAUAACCCAAAGGAUUUUGACUGGAACCCAAAACAUGGGAGGGUCUUCAUUAUCAAGAGUUAUUCUGAAGAUGAUAUCCAUCGUUCCAUUAAAUAUAACAUCUGGUGCAGUACAGAGCAUGGUAAUAAGAGACUGGAUGCUGCUUAUCGGUCCAUGAAUGGAAAAGGUCCCGUUUACUUACUGUUCAGUGUCAACGGCAGUGGUCAUUUCUGUGGAGUGGCAGAAAUGAAAUCUGCUGUGGACUACAAUACAUGCGCUGGCGUGUGGUCCCAGGACAAAUGGAAGGGGCGAUUUGAUGUCAGGUGGAUUUUUGUGAAGGACGUUCCCAACAGCCAACUGCGGCACAUUCGCCUAGAGAACAAUGAGAAUAAACCAGUGACCAACUCCAGGGACACUCAGGAGGUGCCUCUGGAAAAGGCCAAACAGGUGCUGAAAAUCAUUGCUACCUACAAGCACACCACUUCCAUCUUUGAUGACUUCUCACACUAUGAGAAACGCCAGGAAGAGGAGGAAAAUGUGAAAAAGGAACGUCAAGGCCGUGUGAAAUAAACCGCCGGGCCCUUUCACAGAGACUGCAACAGAGAUGAUGCAUCUCGGAUAUCUUGCAAAAGGAAGAAAGACUACACCAGAAAGAAUUAGGACUUAUUUCAUUGACUCCAUACAAACUCUUAUAAACGUACAGUUUAAAAAAAAAAAUACUGAAAUUUCACAAGAGACAUAGGACUUUAAAAAAAAACAAAAACAAAAAACCCCUUCUAGGUAGAGUAGAAGUGAAAACUGUCCCCUUUUCUUUUGGCUUUGGUUGUAAUUUCACACCAUACGCUUUGGGGUUUUUGUUCCUUUUUCGUUUGUCUUUUUACUAUGUUAUCGGAUUUUAAAAUCCGCCUGUGGCAUAUGCCCUAUUUUCUUUCCUCUAAUUUUUAAAUCUGCCGCUUACCUGGUUUCCUGGCCUUCUGAACCCCUCUUCCUCCUGAUUUUUUUUUUGAUAUUUGCACUUGGAACACCGAGUUGUGACUUUCUUUUGGACAUCCACCAUGGGAAAUGGAAUGAGCAACUUUUUUUUUUCCAUGGACUGGAACAGGAAUUUUAUGAAGAAUUCUGAGGGGUGUUUUUUUAUGCCUAGAAGAUUUGAAUGGGAUUUGUCUACGAGGUCAUGUCUGAGGGGGUGGUUCAUUUUUUCCCCCCUCUCUCUCUCUUUCUCUCUCAAAAGCGAAAUACGAAGAGUCCUAAGAAAUGUUCUGUUCUUGUGCAUUAUAUGGAUUACAGAUUAAGUCUGGCUUGAUUUGAUUUGAAGGCUGAGAACAGUGGUAAAAACUUGUUUGUUUACAGGAAAAUUAAUUUUGGAAGGAAAAAAAAAUAUUGUAAACUGUGUAGUGAAUGUUUCUUCAGUUUUCUUGUUAAGCCAAUGAGGAAUGGGUGAUGCCUUUCUUUCACCAUUAAUCACUUCUCAAUAAUAAACGUGAGAUCCUGUUGAGCAUCA